UCACCACCAUCACUUGCAUUUCUCAAUCUACCACUCCCCAUUUCUCCCUGCUGGUGAUCGAACAACAAUUAAUGGCCUCUUCAAUUGAUAUUGCUGCCUUCAGAGAGGCUCAACGGGCUCAAGGUCCCGCCACCAUUCUUGCCAUCGGCACCGCGACUCCCUCAAAUUGCGUCUAUCAAGCCGACUACCCCGAUUACUACUUUCGGAUCACUAAAAGCGAGCACAUGGUUGAUCUCAAAGAAAAGUUCAAACGCAUGUGCGACAAAUCUAUGAUAAGAAAGCGAUACAUGCAUCUCACAGAAGAGUAUCUUAAAGAGAAUCCGAGCAUCUGCGAAUACAUGGCUCCAUCGCUCGACGCCCGUCAGGACGUAGUGGUGGUCGAGGUCCCAAAGCUCGGUAAAGAAGCCGCGGUUAAAGCCAUCAAAGAAUGGGGAAAACCAAAAUCACAAAUCACGCAUCUCAUCGUCUGCACCACCUCCGGAGUCGACAUGCCCGGUGCGGAUUACCAGCUCACCAAACUCCUCGGACUCCGCCCGUCCGUCAAACGCUUCAUGAUGUACCAACAAGGCUGUUUCGCAGGCGGUACGGUUCUCCGCAUGGCUAAGGACCUUGCGGAGAACAACAAGGGCGCACGUGUCCUUGUAGUUUGUUCAGAGAUCACCGCGGUCACGUUUCGUGGACCUAGUGACACUCACCUUGACUCCAUGGUUGGUCAAGCUUUGUUUGGGGACGGGGCUGCUGCGCUUGUCGUGGGUUCCGACCCUGACUUGACGACCGAGCGGCCCUUAUUUCAAAUGGUGUCUGCUGCGCAGACAAUUCUACCUGAUUCAGAAGGUGCAAUAGAUGGUCACCUUCGGGAGGUGGGACUGACGUUCCAUCUCCUAAAAGAUGUACCGGGGUUGAUCUCGAAGAAUAUCGAGAAGGCAUUGACCCAGGCGUUUUCGCCUUUGGGUAUAUCUGAUUGGAACUCGAUAUUCUGGAUCGCGCACCCCGGUGGACCCGCAAUUCUGGAUCAGGUAGAGCAAAAGCUGAAACUAAAAGAGGAGAAGAUGAGAGCCACUCGACAUGUUCUGAGCGAGUACGGAAACAUGUCAAGUGCGUGUGUGUUGUUUAUUCUAGAUGAGAUGAGGAAGAAGUCGGUGGAAGACGGUGCUGCAACCACCGGCGAGGGUUUGGACUGGGGUGUUCUGUUUGGUUUCGGGCCGGGUUUGACGGUUGAGACGGUGGUCCUUCAUAGUGUCCCAACAACCAUGCCUAUUGCCCCCUAAAUUUAGUGAUGGUGAUAAGCUGUCUUUUGUGGAAAUGAAGUCAAUUAAAUAAUUACUUGCGUUAAUUAAAUAAUCAUGUAUUGUAGGGUUUUUUAUGUUCGUUGCUUUAUAUGUUGAGUAAACAAUUAUGUGUAAUUCUAAGUUUGGAUAGAAUAUGCCCUGCUUGUAUGAUUCUCUAUAUAUAUAUAUUUAAAUUAAAAUUUGUUUUUGUUGUUAA